GAUGUGUGAAAUAUUCGCGGGAGUUACUCACGUGGUACAGAAGCAGACUUUCGGGAAAUGUGAGCAAUGAAAUUAGCGUUGGAAUGUCAAUAUCUUAGCUUUCAGAUGUCAGGAAUAGUCAUUUGAUAGACAAAAAUCAUUUUUGAAGCGGCAGUUAACAUAUUUCGUUCGCGUUCGAUGCAGAUAUGGCUCUACUUAAAGUAGGCAGUAAAGCACCGGUUUUCGUGACCCAUUUAGAAUUUGUUGGAACGAAAUGUCAAAUAUUUUGCCAAGUUGGUGAUGUCGGCGGACAAGCAGACACAUUAGCAGAGAGAGUGCACGAGAGUGUUGAAAAUGGUCUUGCCUCUCCAAUUUCGGGGUGCAACGUUGGCGAUUUAUGCUUGGCAUUAUUUAAUGAAGAUGGAAGCUGGUACAGGGGUAAAGUGUUGCAGAAUUUGGGUCAUUCUUUGAAAGUUUACUUCAUUGACUACGGUAAUACUGAAACUGUAAAGAUGAACGACAUCAGAUCAGCUCCAGAUUAUGUUCUUGCUAUACCAGCACUUUCCACAAAAUGUAUUGUGAGUGAUUGUACUCCGUUAAGUGGGAUUUGGGCGGACGAAGAAAAGAAGAAGAUCGAAACUAUGUUACAUAGUGGAGAAUUUAUCUGUGAAAUAAUGGAAAGUGAUGUUAAUACUGAAGUUUAUAGAGUAAAACUGUAUAGCAAUGAUGCAUCUAAUACACCAAUAUUUGUUAGACCAGCACCAAGUUCGAGCUUGUCAAUUAAAUCUCAAAAUUUGAAAGUAGGACAAGAUUAUGAAGUAUAUGUUUCUUAUGUUGAAUCUAGUAGAAAAUUCUGGGUGCAGUUAAAGAGCCAUGAGAAUGAUCUGAAUUCUCUGAUGUCGGAUAUAAGUGCUUGUUUCGCUGAAGAUCUUCCUUCAACAGGGGAUAUUGUCAAUCCUACAGAGGGUCAAGUGUGUGCUGCAUGCUUCAGUGAUGACGGUGCGUUUUAUCGCAGUAUUGUCAAGAAUAUUCAAGGAAGCAACUGUACAGUAUUUUUUUUGGAUUAUGGCAAUAAUGAAGAAAAACGAACAUCUGAGCUUUUUACAUUGCCACAGGCUCUUUGCCAGCUUCCAGUUCAAGCUGUGCAAUGCUCAUAUAAAGUUGACAGUCAAGCAAUUGAUGACAAACUUCAUGACCUUGCUGAGGAUGAAGGUCCAUCAUUGUUGAAAGUUCUUUCAGGCAAUACGAAAUCUGGAUAUGUUGUAGAAAUAAACUCCAUUGAACAAAUACUGAAUGUACCUAAAGAAACCUCGCAAAUCAGUCAAGCUAAAAGUGCAUCAAAAUUGUGGCAAAGUUAUUCAUCUGUUGUGAUGCAAGCUGAUGGCAUCUAUGAUGUGUGUUUAUCACACAUUGAUCAUCCCGGACAGUUCUAUGUACAGCUUCUUGGAAAUGCAAGCAAUCUAGAUAAGCUAAUGCAAGCUAUUGAUGAAGUUGCCCAUAACUAUGAUAAGUUAACAAAUCUGUAUCAAGGCUAUCAAUGUCUUGCCAAGUUCAGUGAUGGAAGUUGGUACAGAGGGGAAGUUGUAACUGCAGAAGUGGGAAAGACUGUUGUUGCUGCAGUAGAUUUUGGAUUUGUUGAAGUUGUGCAACCAAGCCAGUUAAGAAAUACAGAUCCCAACUUUAAACUUCAGCCAGCACAGGCAGUAAAGUGUACAUUAGAUUUAAACAAAACAGCACAUAGUAUGUGGACUGCAGCAGAAAUCGAUAACUUUAAAGGUUUAUCAGAGAAAAAUACCUUGGUGGCUAAGGUUUCUUUGAAGAAAGGAUGCAUUCACCAAGUUGACUUAUAUGAAACUGAAAAUGGAGUAGAAAGACAUAUUAAUACUGAAAUCAACAACAAAUCAACAGUAAAUCCUAGUAGAGCUGCUUCACAGAUACAGGCAAAACCUCAACCAGUCAGUGCCCCACCUGCAGUAGUUUUAUCUCCGCCGGAAGUAUCCGUUGGAUCAAAGUAUAAACUUUGCUUUACUGCUGUAAAAUCACUGUACAUGUAUGGACAGCUUACAAGCACAUCUGUUGAAAAGGUUGCCAAAUUGCAAACAGAUUUGAACACAUUUUUUGAAAAGAAGUCGGGAGAAGCAUUGUUAAAGGCUGAAGUAGGAAGUGUAUGUUGCACACAGUAUGUGGACGGAGGCUGGUACAGGGGUAUUGUGACUUCAGUAGCAGGAGGGAAAGCUGAAGUUGCUUUCGUUGAUUUCGGAGACUCUGUGAUGAAAUCAGUAAAUGAUUUGAAGAUUCUACCACCCAGUUUAUGUUCUCUUCCUCAGCAGUGUAUUUUAUGUAAGAUAGUUAAUCUACCAUCAACUGUUGGAUCAAGCGGUCUAGAAAAACUGAUCAAUAAAAGGGUUGAAGUCAAACUGAAUGGAAAGGAAGAUGGAGUGUAUCCAACAUAUGGGACAGAAAUAACAGACAGACAAAUUUUAGAACAGUAUCAAGAACCUCAGGGGUCCCGUCCAGCAGUAUUUAAAGGCGCAAGUAGUAGGACAUUUGGAAGACCACAGAAAGACGAAACUUCAUCUGUACCAAGGUAUGAUUUAUUCAACAUAACUCUUGUGAUACUGUAA